AUGGGGAUCAAUCAUCAGAGGCAGCACAACCCCCCGGAUUCUGAGAACUGGGAUGAAGUUGUAAUUGUUGAAGAAAACACAUCCACCACCUUGGUCUGCUCCGGUGCCAGACUGAGAGGUGACGUAUCCAUUAACUGGAUGGUAAAGUCGGUGGAUGCGGAUGAGUGGAAGCUGAUUCUCUCUGCCAGUGAGAAGAGUAAGUUUUGCGGAGGAGCCUCCAAGGCAUCCAUCCGACUGACUGACGACAACUUUCAGAACACGGGGAAUUUCUCACUGUUCGUAUCACCCAAAGCGGAGGACGGAGGACUCUACUCAUGCCUCAUAAAGAAACAAAAGAAGAAAGUCAAACAAAGGAUUUUCCUUUUAGAAGUUCUAACAGUUGGCUUCUUCCCUGCUGUGCCUGUCCGUCAGUACAGCACCCUGCGGCUGUUCGCCCGAAUCAAUCCUGACAUUUCUGUCUCCAAAAUUGCCUGGACGGCACCUGGCGGCCUUCCCAUGAAGACAGAGAAGUGGUCGGACUCAGGCACAGUGACUAAAGUGCCGCAGGUCCAGAUCAGUGAUGCUGGGACUUACACCUGUACGGUCCACCUCUGGGGAAACUCCACUGGUGUUCUGGCUGCAAAUGUGGAUGUGACAGUUGAUGCGAACAGCGUGGCCUCAUUCACCAAUAUUAUACACAGCGAAAUGAUUUCUACUGCCACUCAGGCUAAUAAAUCCCUUCUGCUGACCUGCCCCAGCAUCGAGGGCGACUUCGUCACGCUACAUUGGCUUCGACCAGAUGCAAAGAAUCACAACAUGAUGAAGCUAGUGUACCAGUAUGACCGUUGGAGGAGUUCCACCUCAAAGCAGAGCAACACACUCCAGCUAGCUGGUCCGCCCUAUGACCCCAACGCUGGAAACUUCUCCUUCCUACUCACACCUGCAUUAAAGGAUGGAGGCCUCUACAUCUGUGAAGUAUACCUUAAUGAUGUGGUGUUCAGCCAGUGGAUUAGACUUAGUGUUCUGAAAGUCAAAAUCUACAAUUAUCCGACAAACCAGGAGCUGCUGUGCCGGUACUCAGAGCGCUCAGAGGUUCAGAGUGUUGUGUGGAAACAUGAAGAUAAGACUCGGCAGCUGCAGAUGUCAAGCAACGGCCCUGGCAGCAUCAGCACCAUCCUGCCGCUGCCCAUCAGCCCUGAUGCAGCAGGGAAUUACACCUGCAUCCUGCAGUUGAAAAACGGCCAGAGCAUAUGGGCAGUUGAAACUGUCACAGUGCCCCCAACAGAGCGUGUCACCAUCACUACCUCCUCUCCGCACCCUUCUCUCUCUGCUUUAUUACUCCUGGUCCCCCUGGUUGCAGCAGCUGUUGGCGUGUUGCUAUGGAGACAGAGACACAUUUCUGAUCGUGGUAUUGAGCAGUCACUGUCUGUCCAGUCUGGUGAAGCGGAGAACAUCUAUGAGAAUCCAGAGGAUAUAAGACAGGCUCCUCCCCAGGGUUCAGUCUACAUGGAUUUGAAGCCAAGAGGAGACAAUGACAUCUAUAAGGAAUUGGAACGAUACGAGCAGUGUCAGGGCUGAUCACCUACCCACAUUUCAUCCCCAUCCAGCUGUCACAUCCUCUCUCUUCACAGCUGCCGCAAAAGGCCUUUUAUAAACAGGAGGAACUACUCAACGUCAGAGUUGGGGACUUAAAGAAAACUUUUGAGCUUUAUAGAAAUGCUAUUCGGGUUUUUCUUGCAAGCUACCGCUCUUUAGACAUUACGGAAACCCACAGACAUUUCCAGAAUGGGUGGCUGUUAAUCUUACACUGUAAAAUCGAAAUAUUAUUCAUGUAAUUUAUUACAAAGGCAUUGCAGUGUGUAACAUGCAUCUCUGUGAUGAUUUAUUUAAUAUGGCUGCAAGUAAGAUGAAUCUAUGUGAGCCUCUUACUGAAUCAAACAAGGCAGAUUUGAAAUGCUGUAUUGCUCCAAAAAGAAUGCUGGCAUAACUUAAUUAGAUCUCCUGUUCUUUACUUUACUGUGCUUGAAUAGUUAAACACUUUGUUAUUCAUUUUUAAUUUGGAUGGCAUAAAAGAGGUAAUUAUUGCUGCUUUCGUCUACUGUGUUGGCAGAGAAUUAUGAAGAGAUUUUAAAAUUUCAAAAAUUUUCGUUGAUCUACAAUCGACAAAAAUAUACAUCCAACACUUUUGGUUUUCCUCCCAUUUUUUUAAUGAGAUAAACUCAAAGAUCUUAAACUUUUACCACAUACACAAUAUUACCAUUUCCCUUGCAUAUUGUUCACAAACCAGUUUAAAUAUGUGAUAGUGAGCACUUCU